UUGAAAAAUUAAAAGUUCAUUUCAUGAUGUGCCUUCGUUAAGAUCACGUGUGUAGUUUUUAAGUGCAGUGAUUUUCUAUGUUGUGGAUUUAAGUUUUUUUUUUUUGUAAAAUAUUGUACUCAAUUAAUACAAGAUGAGUGUCGCUACGUUAAAACCCGAAAACUCAAUUCCGACGUUCUAUGUCGGAAGGAGUAUUUUUAUUACGGGAGCAACAGGAUUUAUGGGUAAGGUGCUCAUCGAAAAGUUAUUAAGAUCCUGUCCUGACAUAGAAAACAUUUUCUUGCUAAUGAGACCGAAGAAAGGAAUUUCAAUUGACGAUCGUCUUCGAAUAAUGCUUUCAAUACCUCUUUUUGAUAGAAUACGAAAGGAAAGGCCAAACUUUGCAGACAAAUUAAUUCCAAUAACAGGAGAUGUAGCAGCUGAGUCAUUGGGACUUCCUCCUUUGGAAAGAAAAGUUCUUGUCGAAAAAGUGUCAGUUAUAUUUCAUGUCGCUGCAAAUGUAAGAUUUGAUGACAGUCUAAAAAAUGCAACCUUUGUAAAUACAAGAUCAGCCAGAGAUGUUUGUAUUUUAGGAUCUCAAAUGAAAAAACUCGUGGCUCUUGUACACGUCAGUACAAGUUACUCGCAAGCAGAUAAACCAUGUGUGGAAGAGAAAAUUUAUCCCAUUAACGUGGAUUGGAAGAAGACAAUAAGAAUAGCUGAAAAUGUUGACGAUCAUGUGUUACGAACCCUGACACCAAAAUACAUGGAUAGUUUUCCAAAUACUUAUACUUUUACAAAAAGACUCGCUGAACAAGUGAUAAGUGACUAUUCGUCAACCAUACCAUCUGUUAUAUUUAGACCAUCAAUAGUUAUAUCAUCACUUGUCGAACCUGUCGAAGGGUGGAUUGAUAAUUUUAAUGGCCCAGUAGGAAUGCUGGUUGGAGGUGGAAAAGGAGUAUUAAGAGUUAUUCGUUUAGACAGUAAAAUUAUCUCAGAUUUUAUUCCUGUUGACGUUGCAAUAAAAGCAAUGAUAAUUGCUUCUUGGAAGAGAGGUCUUCAGACGAUAACAAGGGACUCCAGCAUCCAUGUCUACAAUUGUUGUUCAGCUGACGUUAAGGCCGUAAGUACAAGCGAAGUGAUUGAAAUGGGUCUUAAAGUUAAUAAGGAAAUACCUCUGGAUGGAGUUCUAUGGUUUCCUAGUGUCACCAUUGUUAAAGAUAAAACACUAUUUUAUCUUAUGAUGUUAAUUUAUCAUUUAUUACCUGCUUAUUUUAUUGACGGUCUAUUAAAAGCAGCAGGAAAGAAGCCUAUGUUGGUGCGAAUUCAAAGAAAAGUAUAUAACGCCAUUAGCUCUUUGGAAUAUUUCCUAAUGAAUGUGUGGAAAUUCAAGAAUAAAAAUUUUUUGGAUCUUUUAGAAAAUUUACCACCUAAUGAUGUAGCUGAUUUUGGAUAUGCAUAUUUUUCCUUAGACAUUAGUGAAUACUUUAGGAAUUGUAUAAUAGGAGCAAAAAAGUAUUUGCUGAAGGAAAAAAUGGAAAAUUUAAAGGCAUCGAAAAUUCAUUAUGAAAGAAUGCGAUGGGUUGCAAGAAUUUUCAGAGGAUGGUCUAUAAUUUUUAUAUCGUGGCUGCUUUUCAAGAUAGGAGUCGUCAAUUAUUUCUUCAGAACAGUUCAAGACAUAGUAGAUAUAUUUCAAGCUUAACGACAAGAAUUCAUAAUUUUUUAAAUAGUUAUUCAAACUAACGAUCAGAAAGUUAAACAUUGUAUUCAAUAGAAUCAAGUUCUGAUUCCUAAAAAAAGAUUAUAAUAUUUCAUACAUUAUCCUAUUCCAUGAAAUUUAAAUUGAAAAAUCACACUGUUCAGGAAUGAAACAAAUUGUACAAACGAAAUUUUUUCACAUCUGAAUUGUAUCCAUUGAAAACUCAUAAAAAUUUCAAAUUAUAAAUAUUAUAGAUUUGUUUUAAGGUCUUAUAAAUAAUAAAUAAUA